AUGUUAACCACACUGCUUUUCACUUUGCUAAUUGGCGUUUCUUGUGCUUUCAGAAACCCCAUUAUACCAGGUUUCAACCCGGAUCCAAGCAUCAUUAGGGUCGAGAAUGAUUACUUCUUGGUUACUUCCACAUUCGAAUUUUUUCCAGGGGUUCCAGUUUAUCAUUCGAAAGACUUGAUCGACUGGACAUGUAUUGGCCAUGCACUUAAUCGCCCUUCGCAGUUGAACCUGCGCGGAACUGCACCUAGUGGGGGUAUCUUUGCCCCAACUUUACGAUACCACGAAGCCUCAAAGACUUUCUAUAUGAUUACAACUUGGUUUGACGUUAUUAGUCCGCCGGAUAAUACUACUGGAACCCCACGGUCCAUGUAUGUUAGCACCAAAAACAUUUUGGACGAGACCUCUUGGGGCGACCCGAUCUAUGUCGAUCAAUGGGGUUUCGAUCCUGACCUUUUCUUCGACACUGAUGGUAAAACGUACCUUACAACUACAAUGGGUUCUGGUUUCAUCGAUCCAGACUCCGGAUACUUCGCAAUCUGGAUAACUGAAAUCGACCUCAAAACUGGCAACUCUUUGACUGAAUCCCGGUAUUUCUACCGCAGCGAGCUGCCUAUCAACACCCCCCGCCUUGCGGAAGGAUCCCACAUCUAUAAAUUCAAUGGAACAUACUAUCUCCUCACUGCCGAAGCAGGUACUGAAGUCCAACAUCGUGCUAUGUGGCAUCGGUCGAAUUCCCUACACGGGCCUUGGGAGUCUAGUCCAUACAACCCCUUUGUCUUCAACGGCCGUAAUCUCUCACAGCCAAUUUUAUCAACUGGCCACGCAGAUAUCGUACAAACCCCCAACGGGGAUUGGUACACCGUAUUCCUCGCUACUCGUCCUCAAAAUCCAACAGAUUCUUCUGGAGUUCCGCAAUUAGGACGUGAAACCUUUUUAGCGCCUGUAACCUGGAAAGAUGGCUGGCCAAUUGCAAACGGCGGGAAGGAUAUCACCUUCGAAAUUUCAGGGUUGUAUAAUAAGCCCCGCCCAAAGGUAUGGCAAGAUCAUUUCUGGAACGGGGAGUAUAAUGGAUUUGCGGACAGAAGGUACUAUACACAACGAACACCAACAAAGGCGUUCCAUAGCUUUAAGGCCAGAAAAGGGUGGUUGAGACUUUAUGGGAAUGUAUAUACUCUGAGCGACCGACAGACCCCGGCAAUGUUCUUGAGGAAACAAGAAGAUAUCAAUACGGUGUUUAACACUGAACUGGAGUUCUACCCCACCAGUGCGAGACAUAAAGCCGGAGUGACUGCGUUCUUAAGCACUUGGCUUCACCAAGAUAUAGUUAUAACGCUCCAUCCAGAAACUGGAAAGAGAGUUGUCGCAGCAACAACUAGAACCGGGAAGGAACCGGUGGCGAAGACGACGUACGUUGAGAUUCCGGAGACAGGAACAGUCAAGUUAUGGAUCAAAUGUGAGGCGGAUAAGUAUACCUUGGGGUACAGCUUGGGCCAUGAUAGGAAAGCUACUUGGGUUGCUAGCGCAGAGAGUAAAUGGAUGCAGAGUUAUCCAUCGGGAUGGCAAAACUUUGUUGGUACGCAUCUUGGGGUUUUUGCGACUGGUGAUGGAUUACCGAUUUUGGUCCCAGCGGACUUUAAAUGGAUUAAAACAGAGGGUGGUGAUUGGUAG